GCUGAAAAAUUGAAAAUUUAAGUUUCAAUCAAAUGUUUGAUUUGUAUUUUCAAACCUAAGAACUUUAAACCGGACUUUAAAUGGAGAGGGUCGGAAUGGUGUUAGCUACUCCAGAGUACUUGUGAUUAACAUUCCCAUUAAUUGGAGAGGGUCUAUGAAUUGAAUUAAUGUUUGACUAUAAGUAAACUACGGAUUAUUUCUUUUGAAAAUAUGCUUCCCUGCAUAUUGUUUCAAUAUCAUUUCUUGUGAUUGUUUCAAUUUCCAACAUCAUGCUACUCCCACUAAGAGAAAAAUUCUACUUCUAAUACUCCGUAUUUCAAAUACCACCACAGAGCUCCUCAUAUAAUCAUAUUUGGAUACUCAUAUAAUCAAUGCAAGUUUGAGCACCUCAGUCUGCCGCCUGCCGCCGGUCGCCAAUUGCUCAAGUGAAUCAGGUACUUCUUGCAAAACCAGAGAAGUUGAAAUAAAGUUUGUUCUGCAACUCUCAUUGGAGCAAUUGGCAAACCAAACUUGCAUUUCAUCUACACAAGACGCGCGUGAGCAAAAUUUCACGAAUAGUUCCAGACGAGGAUGCAAUGCGCUCUUACGCCGUCGGCAUCCAAUCUUCCGGCACCGCUGGCCCCCGCAUCAUUAUCAUCCACUUCAGGUAGCAAGCGAUCGCCUUUCCGAUUCAAACCCAGAAACCCAUCCUUCUGUUGCUCCUCAAGUUCCAAGGUUUUGCAGAAGACUAUUGCUUUACCUCACCAUGUCACGUCCAUCUCAAGCACUUCAAACCCAUUUGUGAAGCACUGUUAUAAACUUCUCACGAGUUCCUCUUAUCGCCUCCUCCAUGGCGUAGUUGUCGUGGUUGGCUCUACUCCCAUCCGGGAAAUAUGCAGAUUUCAAGAAAAAGUGCUAGGGAGGCAUAUCAAAAUAGAAUGCUUACUUGUACUUGAUGAUACUCAAAUCCCUGAAGAGAUAGCUUUUUGUUCUGCCCGGGUUGUUUGUGUCAACUCAACGGUGAUGAAAAAACUCUCGGGUGUGCAAUCAAUUGAUUCUAUCAGAAUGAUUGCCCUAUUCAGGAUUCCCUCAAGUUUUCGCAAUGUUGGUGAUCACUGUAGAGAGGAAGAUUGUAGUACAUGGUUUCCGUUUGCACAUCGAAUUCUUGUUCUUGAUGGUAUUCAGGAUCCAGGAAAUCUUGGCACACUGCUUAGAUCAGCGCUGGCAUUUAAAUGGGAUGGUGUGUUUCUGCUUCCUGGAUGCUGUGAUCCAUUCAAUGAGAAAGCACUCCGAGCUAGCCGGGGAGCUUGCUUUCAGCUUCCUGUACUUUCUGGUGGUUGGAUGCUAUUGCAGAAGCUUUCAGAAAACUUCAAGAUGAAGAUGCUAGCUGGGCAUCCUGCAAGUGAUGGAAGGUCAAAAACGGCAGCUCAACUUGAUCAAGGCUUUGCCAACUCUUUGGCCCAUCAGCCGUUGUGUCUGGUUUUGGGAAGUGAAGGAAGCGGCCUCUCAGAGAAAUCCAGGGAAGUAUGUGAGCUUGUUAGCAUUCCAAUGCCAGGCGAGUUCGAGUCUCUUAACGCUUCGGUUGCAGGUGGAAUUUUUUUGUACAUGUUACAACCCGAGACUCGAUUGCUGUAAAUUUCAAUGUCCAGUUGUCAUUGCUUGCAUUGUUCAUUACUUGUUUUUUGAGUAAAUUCUAUAUUUGGUCCUUUAUAACAUGAGAUUUCCCUAUUUAGUCCUCUAUUAUCAAAUAUUAUCUCAGUGGUCCUUUUUUUAUAGAUACCUUUCUACAAAUAGUCCUUUUUUUAUCUUCUAUCAUGUUGGUGUUAAUUUGAGGGCUAAAAGUGUAAUUUCACAAUGAUAAUAUAUCUUUUUUGUCAUACACAAUUCCAAAGGCUAUUCCGUUUGCGUCGUUUGUGAAUUAUAGUCGCUUUUUACGACAACGAUAGUCUACAAAUGUGAUCUUUCGUCAGAAUACUAGCCCACAAUCAUAGUUAUUAUUUUUGUGUUAUCCGCUUAACCAAUAUUAGAACACGUCACUAGACAUAAUGUUGAUAUCAAAUUAUACUUUUAGCCUUUAAAUUAACACCAACACGGCAGAAGAUCAAAAAAGGACCAUUUGUGGAAAGGUACCCUUAAAAAAAGGACUACGGGGGUAAUAUUUGAUAAUAAAGGACUAAAUAUGGA